UAAAAAUUAAAGUUUAUAGAUUGUAUUUUGGAACAAAAUAUUUCUCAAAUACUAUGUCCUUUUGUAAUUUUUUGAAUAAUAACCUAUUCUCUUUUCACACUUCUCUUCCGUCCCUUCUUCUCAACUCACACCUCGCCGCUGAAUCUUCCUCCCUCCACCGUCGCUCAAUACUUUCAUCAAUCCAACCACUCUCAACCACCGCCGAAAUCUCAGAUAACACACAAACAUGCAUUUUCGAACCAUAUCUUCAAAUCAGCGUCUCACUUCAAUUUCCAACUUCACCUCACAUUCUCCUUCUUCUCUCAGAUGCUUCUGUUCUAUAGAUGCUUCCAUUCAAACACAAAAUGUCAAUGAUGAAAUUGAACAACAACAACUUGUUCAAAAUGAAAAACCCAGAUCGAGAAACACAAGCAAAACGGCUAAAACAAUGGUUAAUCUAAUAAAUUUCAAACCUUGGUCAAAUGGGUUGUUAUCAUCAUUCGCAAAUUCUCUCUCCAAAACCACCGUUCUUCAAACACUUCGCCAUAUCAAGGUACCCUCCAAGGCCUUUCAUUUCUUCAAUUGGGUAUAUGAAAAUGGUUUCUCUCACAAUGCACAAUCAUAUUUCAUGAUGUUAGAAAUUUUAGGUCGUGAGAAAAAUCUCAAUGUAGCUAGGAAUUUCCUUUAUUCCAUUGAGAAAAGGUCCAAUGGUGAAGUUAAGGUUGAUGAUAAGUUUUUCAAUAGUUUGAUUAGAAGUUACGGUGAAGCUGGAUUGUUUAAAGAGUCUGUGAAGCUUUUUGAGAGUAUGAAGGUUAUUGGUGUUUCACCAUCUGUGGUUACGUUCAAUAGUGUUUUGUUGGUUUUGCUUAGAAGGGGUAGGAUCAAUAUGGCCAAAGAGGUGUAUGAUGAAAUGCUGAACACGUACGGUGUUACUCCGGAUUCGUACACGUUUAACAUUUUGAUUAGAGGGUUUUGUAAGAAUUCCAUGGUUGAUGAAGGGUUUCGUUUCUUUAAAGAAAUGACGAGUUUUAAUUGCGAUCCGGAUGUUGUUACUUAUAACACACUUGUUGAUGGUUUGUGUAGAGCGGGGAAGGUCAAGGUAGCGCAUAAUUUGGUGAUUGGUAUGAGCAAGAAAUGCAAAGAUUUGAGUCCUGAUGUUGUCACUUACACGACUUUGAUUCGAGGAUAUUGUAUGAAACAAGAAGUCGAUGAGGCUUUGGCUAUUCUUGAAGAGAUGAAUGGUAAAGGCCUUAAGCCGAAUAUAGUUACGUAUAACACUCUAAUAAAAGGACUUUGUGAAGCACAGAGGUGGGACAAAAUGAAAGAUAUUUUGGAACAAAUGAAUGGCGAUGAUGGAUCGAUUCCUGAUGCAUGUACCUUCAAUACAUUGAUUAAUUCACACUGUUGUGCGGGAAACCUCGAUGAAGCUUUCAAGGUUUUUGAAAACAUGAAAAGUUUACUGGUUUUAGCAGAUUCAGCCUCGUACAGUGUUCUGAUACGGAGUUUAUGUCAGAAAGGGGACUAUGAUAAGGCAGAGAUGCUUUUUGAUGAGUUGUUCGAGAAGGAGGUUUUGUUAUGUAGCUUUGGCCCUAAGCCGCUGGCUGCUUCUUAUAAGCAUAUUUUUCAGUAUUUAUGUGAACACGGGAAAACAAAGAAAGCCGAAAGGGUACUCAGGCAGCUAAUGAAAAGGGGAACACAAGAUCCCUUAACAUACCAGAUAGUGAUUUUGGGGCACUGCAAAGAAGGCGCAUUCGAAAACGGAUAUGAGAUUUUGAUAUGGAUGCUGAGAAGGGAUUUUCUUCCUGAUGUUGAUAUCUAUGACUAUUUGAUCGAUGGUUUUCUUCAGAACGAUAAGCCUCUUCUUGCAAAGGAGACACUAGAGAAAAUGCUAAAGAGUUCGUAUCAACCAGAAACAUCGACGUGGCAUUCUAUACUCACUAGACUUUUGGAAAAGGGUUGUGUUCACGAGUCGGCCGAUGUUAUUGUCACGAUGUUGGAGAGAAAUAUCCGACAAAAUAUAAACCUUUCAACUAAGUGUUUACAGCUACUUUUUGACCGUGGACUGCAAGAUAAAGCAUUCAAAAUCAACGAGUUGAUAUAUAGGAACGGAUACCGUGUUAAAAUGGAUGAAGUGGUUCAAUUUCUUUGCAAGAAAGGAAAGCCAUCAGAAGCAUGCAAGAUGUUGUUUUUUAGUUUGAAAAAUAAUCAGACUGUCGAAAUUGAUUUGUUUAACACUGUUAUUCUCGAUCUUUGUAAAAUCAACAAGGCUUCCGAAGCAUUCGGUUUGUGCUAUGAAUUGGUGGAGAAGGGUUUACAUCAGGACUUGAUAUGCUUAAAUGAUUUGGUAACUGCUUUAGAGGCAGGGGGAAGAAUAGAGGAGGCUGCGUUUCUAUCGAAGAGAAUGCCAACAGAAGAGAACUUCGACAGAUCUGUACGAAAUAAUAGCUCUAAGAAUUCCCGGGCUAAUAAAAUUUGAGUGACAUUCCCUUCUUUUUCACUCUUUUUGUUUUGAACUUUUUCGUUUCGAAUGUAAAAUGCCUCGGUUUAUGAUGCAAAGAUACACAACUUUCUCAA